AGAAGGAACAAUGUCCGCUCCUACUCCCCGCACCGGCAUCAUUGCCGGGUUUAACAAGGGUCACGUGACGACCCGCCGCGCGCGCCAGCCGUCGACGAAUGACCGCUACGCCGUCCCCCACAAGCGCCUGCGCGCCGUCAAGGCGAUCAUUGCCGAUUUGGUCGGUCUCUCGCCCCUGGAGAAGCGUGUGCAGGAGUUCCUGCGCGUCGGCAAGGAGAAGCGUGCCCUGAAGUAUUGCAAGAAGCGCCUCGGUGACUUCACGGCGGCCAAGAAGAAGCGCUCCAAGAUGGAGGAGGCCCUUCGCCACGCCACCAAGAAGCACCACUAAAUCUGAGUGGGUGUUUUGCGGGCGGAACUGUCAAGGCGGCGCAGAAAAUGAGAAGGAGAGAAAGAGAAAGGUGCCGUGUGUGUGAAGAGGGUUCUUUUUUUUUGCUUGAAAAGCAAUGCUACGCACACUCGUCGAGCCGCUCUUCUGUUCACUUCACUGUUCUAACCGUUCCUUUUCUUUUUUUGCUUUUACGUUUCAUCAUUUUACUCAAC